CAAGCCGGCCGUCGGACCGAGUUUGACGUUUGGCUUCGAUGGACACGAGGAUGGGCAGGUGUCACGUCCGUGGGGCAUUACCGUCGAUAAGGACGGGCACAUUCUGGUGGCCGAUCGGCGCAACAAUCGCGUACAGAUCUUCUAUCCCGACGGUACGUUCAAGCUCAAGUUUGGCUCCAAGGGUACGGCCAAUGGGCAGUUCGAUCUGCCUGCCGGUAUCUGUACCGACGGUCAAGGGCGCAUCAUCGUCGUCGAUAAGGACAACCAUCGGGUGCAGGUGUUCUCGGCCACCGGAGUCUUUCUGCUGAAGUUUGGCAGCUACGGCAAAGAGUGCGGCCAGUUCCAGUACCCCUGGGAUGUGGCAGUCAAUAUGAAAGGCGAGAUACUGGUGACGGACUCGCGCAACCACCGGAUCCAGCUGUUUAGCCCCGAUGGACUGUUCAUAUCGCGCUUCAGCUUCGACGGUGUCAACCAUAGCCGGUACCUGAAGGGCUUAACCACGCCACGUGGGGCCUGCUUCACACCGCAAGGUGAUAUCAUCAUUUCGGACUUUGAAAAUCAUCGCCUGUUGCUGAUUGAUGCUACGCUGUCGAAGGUUCUAGCUGCCAAAGGCCACGAAGGAUCGGCAGUGCACGAAUUCAGUCGCCCGUCCGGUAUCUGCUGUGAUGACGAUGGGCGCGUGAUAGUGGCUGAUUCCAAGAAUCAGCGCGUUCUCAUCUUCACACCUCAGCUGGAGUUCCUGUGGGCGACGGAAAUACGACCGUCGUCGAACGGAUUGCAUGCGAUCGGUAUGGACGAAAAGGAUCGUCCGAGCGAUGUGGCCCUCCUACCCGACGGUCGACUCGUGGUGAUGGUUGAAACAUCACCGGACGCCCGUGACCAGUGCAGCCCACAGAAAACCUUCAUCCAAAUCUACUAAUCAUCAUCAAUUCGGCAUCGGUGUGUGAGUUCACUUUAAUGAUAACAGCUGCCAAAAUCCGCUAAAAUGCAAAACACACAAAACCACUACCUUGCUGGGAUAUGGAGGACACUGUUUUCUCUCCCUUCUAAUGUGGUGCAACACCACACCUAGGCUUUUCAGAGGAUGUAUUGACCCCGGCCCCGCCCGCCCGCAUCACACAGCGGCAGGCUCGGAAAACCGAACGUGAUCGUUAAUUUAUAACUACUUACACCACUCUCUAGCAUACUAAUUGCUUUCCACAGAACGCUAUCUACCUCGAAACCGUGUGUGCGUGUUUUUGUUUAAAAAGGCGUGUUCACAACACGCACGAUCUAUUACUUUUUAUAUUAUCUUUUGAACAACUUAUGAACAACAAACUCUUUUAGAAAAAACCUUUAACGAACAUGACAACUAAAGAAAGAGAAACAUGCAAACACAGGCAGAUGCAGGUGCGAAUGAAGUAAAUUUUCCUCUAAAAUCUGACUGUAAUGUAUGUGACGGAGCGUAUAUCUGUGUGUAUAGCGUUUGUAGGGGACAAACUGGUUUAACAGAAGCUUAAAAUGAAUUUAAUCGGCAACUUGAAAGUACAAGCAAACAGCAUACUUUAGACGAAAAAGCAAUGAAGAGGAGGAAUAGUAAGGCGAAUAAUAUGGUGUGAUAGUCACAGAUGAUGAUGAUUCAUGGUUGGAGAUGUGUGAACCAGAAGGAGAGAGGGACAAAUGGUGCAAACCAGUGGUUGCGAUAAAGAGAUAGAGAGGAAGAGCCGGUCCUUUUUGUGUCGUGAGUCCUGUAGCCGUGUGUGAUGUGUUCUUGUUUUUGAUAGUUUUGUAAACGAAUCGUCUCCAGCGUGUAGCGAAUGGAUCAAAUCUAAAGCGUCAGUAGAGGACAGACAGAGAGAGAGAGAGAGCAAGAGCGAAAAAGAUGCUGAGGGCUGCCCUAUAACCGUUUCAAAGUAAUGGAUUAGAUAUACAUAUACACCUAGAGAUAUAUAUAACAAGAUGAUGAUGCAUCGUAAAUAUAGUACAAUUUUAGAUAAAAUCAGCUGCAAAAGCAAACCUACACAAACACAGCUAGAAUAAUUGGGCGAUGAGCCGAGCGAGCCGCCGGCACCAACGUCGUCACCCCGUCUCCCGAUUUUAAGGGAGAACGAGAGACGUCGAUACCCCGGCGAGGGAGCGAGGAUGAACCUUGGUAGUAAAAAGCCAUGGCAUUUUUUGGUCGUGGUUUAUGAUUGUCGUUUUACAUUUUUACUAUUCGUUCUCUACUUGUUUCUAUUUGUUCGGUUUGAUAGGUUCCAAAUGUUCAAAAAGAGUGCGACUCUUUUGAGAAAAUGUUUAAAGAAUUAGUAAAAUCAGUAAUAGAAGAGAGGGGAAUGUAUGUGAAGUAUGAUAUGAAAACGUGCGUUUUCUAUGAACAUUAAUUUUAACCCUCUUCCUCUUGUGCGCGAAGAGAAGGCAUGGCCACUGAAGGCGAUGAA